AUGGCUCCUCAGCUCCAUCAGCGUCCACCUUUCCGCGCGGAGCACUUGGGAUCCCUUCUACGCUCAGAUCAGCUUCUAGAGACCAAGAUAGCCUUUGAAGCCGGGAAUAUCCCCGCAUCUGAACUGACCGAGGCUGAAGACAAGGAGAUCAAGGCUAUCGUCGAGACUCAGCGGAAGCUAGGCUACGCAGCAUUGUCUGACGGCGAGUACCGUCGACACAUGUUUUGGGGUACUUUUUCCCCAGGUUUGGAUGGCUUCGAAGGGGUCAACGAUAUCGACGUUGAUGACUUCCGUCCCUAUGCCCCUGAUAUUGCCGCAUUCCUGGAGGCUGGCCACAAGCCUGGCGAGAGUGUUAUCUGUACUGGCAAGAUCAAGCACGUCGGCAGUACCUAUGUCGACCAGUUCAAAUACCUCGCCAGUCAAGUACCUACCCUCGAAGUCAGAAAUCUCAAAAUCACACUCGCUGCACCUAACUGGUAUCAUCUGCGCUAUCGCGAGGGCAAGGCGUAUCCCAAAUCCGUGUAUACCAAUGAUGAUGAUUACUUCGGUGACAUCGCCAAGGCUUACCAGGUCGAGCUGCAAAUUCUAUAUGAUGCCGGUUGUCGUAACGUCCAAUUCGAUGACCCCAAUCUGGCUUAUUUCUGUUCCAAGAAGUUCCUUAUUGGUUUUAAGGAAGAUCCUCUGAACGUGUACUCCGCCGAUAGCAUGUUCGAGAAGUAUAUCAAGCAGUACAACGACUGCUUCGCCAACCUACCAGCGGAUAUGCACGUAGGUGUCCACCUAUGUCGCGGGAAUUUUGUUGGCAGCCGCCACUUCUCCGAGGGCGGCUACGACCGUAUUGCCAUCAAGCUUUUCCAAGAGCUCAAUUUCCAUACUUACUACCUCGAGUACGACACUCCGCGGGCUGGUGGCUUUGAGCCCCUCAAGUUCCUGCCCACUCAUAAGAACGUCAUCCUGGGUGUUGUCACGAGCAAGUUCGCUAGGCUAGAGGACAAAGAGGAGAUGAAGAAGCGUAUCGUUGAUGCUGCUAAGUUCAUUGCCGAGGGUAGUAACAUCUCCCUAGACGCCGCGCUUAACCGGGUCGGCGUUAGCCCGCAGUGUGGGUUCGCUUCUCACCGUGAGGGUAACGCUAUUGAUUGGGACGGUAUGAUCAAUAAGCUGAAGUUGGUUCGUGAGAUUGCCAAUGAUAUCUGGCCCAACCAGUCUUAA